AUGAACAAGCUGUCAGCAGCCAGGCUGGAUCAAAUCCAGGUAAUUGAAAUUUGUCGAACAAAUUUCGACCAAAUCUGGCCUUAUCUACUGGUGUCGCUUAAACAAGCGGAUUUUAUAGCAGUAGACUUGGAACUGUCUGGGCUGGGAUCGCGCGAGGCAUGUUGGGCUAAGAACGUAGGUGACCGAUAUACAGCACUGAAAGAAGCAGCAAAAACGAGAGGUGUUCUCUCACUAGGAUUAGCGUUUUUCAAGAAAAUAGGACAAAAGGAAUCGAAAAGGCAGCUAAAAUUUUCAUGUCAAGUAUUCAAUAUUCUUUCACUUUGUUCUGAGCCAUUUACUGUAGAACCAGAAGCACUAGAAUUUCUUGGGAAGCAUUCGUUCGAUUUCAAUCGAUGGAUCGACAUUGGGGUUCGGUAUUAUCCAAGCACAGUAUCCAAGGCAUGUCGUCUUCGAUCACUCAUGAAUGAGUUGUUAUCUCGUGGGACUACUAUGAUUCUUCACAAUGGUUUAGUAGACCUAGUCUUUCUGUAUCACCAUUUCUAUUCUCCAUUACCAGAAAGUUAUGGAGAGUUCUGUAAUGCCCUUGCUGAUCUCUUUCCACCUGAGUCACCGGUUUGCGAUACAAAAUUUUUAGCCGAGUAUAAAACCCGGAUGGCCGCAUCAUUUCUGGAAUAUGUGUUUCGAAGAUGUCAAGGCGAUAACGUGCGCGAAUCCCUAGAGCUACGCUGGCACCUGAAAAUCACCUUCGAUGACACGGCUUCUAUGAUGGCCCCACUCCGCGAAGCGUGUGAAACCGUGGACUGUCGACUUCCACUGGAUUUUCCAAAUCAUCCGCUACCUUACGAUCUACCAGAAAAAGUCUGUGAGCAAUUUUCGUGGAAAUCCUUUCAGAGCCAUGGAUUUUGUCGCAAGCAACGUCAAGGUCAGUGUCCUUUGCUCCAUGAUGUCGACUUUGCAAUCGACCUGGAGCAAUUGCGACAAGAACGAAACCGAAAGAAGCGUAAAAGAAGG